AAUUCUUAAACCCAUAUUUCCAUAUUUCCAAAUGAAGAAGGAAUCAGUGAGCAACAUGGUGAAGCAGAUGGGAAGUGCUUUGAGAAGUAUGGUGAAAAGGAAAGCCCGUGCUCUUAAAGCUCGUCUCAUAGUCUACUCAUUGUUAGCCCAGUCAAACUUCUUGGUUUCUUCUAUUCCUUUAACAACAAUCUCUACUCAUCACCAUCAACAGCAACAUUCCCAGUUACAAGCAGUUCAAGAUCAAGUAGCAGAAACAGAGCAGGAAACAGGGGUGUGCCAACAAUAUGAAGCUGAAGCUGAAGCAGAAGCAGACGCAGAAGCAGAAGCAGAAGCAGAAGCAGAAGCAAGUGGGUCUGUGAUUGAGAUGGUGAAGCAUUCCAAGGAGAAAGCAGGAGAAGAGUUCAGUCUUGAAAAAGAUAUUGAUCAUGUUGCUGAUUUGUUCAUAAGAAAUUUUCAUCAACAGAUGAGGAUGCAGAAGCAGAACUCUCUUAAUAGAUCUCACCAGGAACUGCUUUUUCAUUGAACCCUCUGAUUUUUUUUUUUUUUUUUUUUUUAAAUACAAAUGAUUAUGGAGUGGAAAUCAAAUUAUCGACGUUUGGGAUGGUAAUUGAUAACUUAUCUACUAUGUUGUGUUCGAAUUCGCAACAUAAACAUUACUCUACUCCAUGUUUUUAUAUAUUUUUUUGUUUUUUUUUUUUUCAUCUUCAAUGAAUUGUUACUCACACACUAUUUCAAUAAUUUUUUUUUGCAUAUA